AUGUGGCCGGACUACCAACCCUUCCUGAGGGAGGAGGUAAACGCCGCCAACAAGUUCAGAGCCACGCGGGCCUACCAGACACACAGAGAAGCAUACGACAAGAAGAACAGCACACCCGCUGCCUCUACGUCCAAGCCUGAUGAGACUACGCCAGCUCAGCAUGAAGCGGGUGACGGAAAGAGUCCCCUAGCAUCCAAGACACCGCCCGCCGCCUCCACGUCCAAGCCUGAUGAGACUACGCCAGCUCAGCAUGAAGUUGGUGACGGAAAGAAUCCCCUAGCAUCCCAGACACCGCCCGCCUCUACGCCGAAGCCUAGUGAGACUACGCCAGCUCAGCACGAAGCUGGUGACGGAAAGAAGCCUCUAGCACCUAAGACACCGCCCCCCUCUACGCCGAAGCCUAGUAAGACUCCGAGAACUGAGCAUAAAGCCGGCGACGAACAGGAACCUCUAGCAGAAUUCGUUACACGGAAGUCGCCGAUCACCACCACCGCGACCUUCACCACCGCAGCGCCCAUACCAACCGCAGCUCCUAUCUCAACCGCUGCCAACAUCGCUACACGAGUGCCCACUGCCACCGUCGUACCCGCCUCUGCAGCGUCGCCCAUCACUGCACUGGCGCCUAUCACCGCACUUACUAUAACACCCAGCGUACAGCGCCAGACCAAGUGCUCUUCUCCUCCAAGCAUCAAUAACGACGAAGAAUGCAGCACCGCCAUCCCAGCGACCAUCGCCGCACCUACUACAACACCUAGCGUACAGAUGCAGCAUAACCGCUCUCCUCCUCUGAACAUCAAUACCCCCGAAGGAUACAGCACCGUUAUCCCGUUCGGUCAGAGCAGCGCGCAGCCCCCACAGCCAGAGUCUCGGAAAAAGGUGAAGCUGACUGUCGAUUUAUCGCAGCCACCAAGCCAGUCGAACAUCAACGCUAUGCAGAUCACCAUGGCAAAGGUUUUGGACAUCGCAUCCGAUUACAUCCUGAAGCUGACCCUCCGAAUGGAAACGUGCCCACGGGCGGGGAUGCUCCGCGACGUUGUUCACAUGGCAAUGCAGCAAUAUCAAGAGUCCGACGGUGCCAUACCGCUGACUCUUCUUCCACUCGGACCGUGGCCUAUCAGCCUCGCCUCUAUGCUCGAGGUGUCCCAAGCCAAGAUGUGGCUGUCCGGCACGACUAUCGACUUCCUUGUCGAGAGAUGCGGCAGUUCACGGGGGUACUUACCGGAGGUCGUGUAUGUCGCUACAAGCAGUCCAGUAUACAUGGAAACCAUCGGCAAGUCAUCAUCUAACCCCGAGAUACGCCCCGACAUCACGUCACUCAUUCCGCAAUCAGUCUUCAUCCUCCCUGAGCUCGACGCCGCAGCGUCCAUCGUCUUCACUUGGAAUCCAACCAACAGCCAUUGGGUAGUGGUGCAUGCCCUAUGCAUGGACUUUGGGGCGGGGCUUAUGCACGUCUACGACACAGGACGUAGAUACCAAUCUACCACUAUGUUCGAGCAGGAGCUCCGGCAAUUUCUUGCGCUGGUGGCGCUCUCUCACCCCCGGUCGAGAUUGGCGAACGUCGAUUGGAACACAGUGGCCAUUAGAUACGAGGACACAAUACAGCAAAAGGCAGAUGACUGCGGCGUUUUCACAGCGUGGAAUGUGAGGACGUUACUUCACAAUGACCAGCCCGCGAAGUCGGCCUCCAACGCUUUGAGGGUUGGCAUGGCACUCCGACAGGAGCUGUUCACCGAAGCACACAGCACUAUCAGCGGCCGUGAUCCCCCCUACUGCUCGAGCCAGGCUGCGCUCGAUGCGCACAUCGAGCAUCUAUCUGGCAACCACCACAACGAUGACGAGAGCAAGAACUCCGACCACCACGACCACAACGAUGACAAGAGCAAGAACUCCGACCACCACGACCACAACGAUGACAAGAGCAAGCACCCCUACCUCAACGACUACAAUGACUACUUGAGCAGGGACCCCGACGACAACGACUACAAUGACGACAAGAGCAGGGACCCCGACGACAACGACUAUGACAGUGACAGCAGCGACGGCUACGCUGAGCGCAUAUCCCUAUUUCAGACUCAUGUCGACCCAUCAUGGCAAGAUGAGCACGAUCUUUUGCUGAAAUCGUUCUCGGAAUUGCUCACUAAACCUGAGGCCUUGAAAGUGCUGUUAGGGGGGAGAAAGAACGGCGUACCUGGUCCUCGUCUGGCGCGAAGGUUCAAACGGCGAACAUUCGCGAGAGGGGUAACUCGCUGGGUCGGGUUAACCAACAUCGCAAGCAGAUCCAUCCAGUACGUCAAAAACGACGGUUCAGUUGUUAGUGGCAAGUAUCAAAAGGGUUGCGCGCGACUCCUGCUUGUACACCCAGAGCUUUAUGCCCUCGAGGACCACACCACCAUCCGCGCCACCGCGACUCGUGCCAUCUUCGGUACAGAUCUCCACGUUUGCGCUUCAGCGCCUGACCCGACACGCACAUACGAUUUGGUACUUCCGUGCUUCCGUCGCUCGGGCAGGCCACGGGACGGUAUCAGCUCCGACACCGAAGUCCUCCACAACGAAUGGGAAGACGUCGAUGUACGCCUACAAGCGAUGUAUGAUCAAUGGGAACAAGUCUUCAACAACUACCCAAGACCCCACGACAAGAUUGACACGCAAGGAGCGCUAGCAAUGCAAAGCUUUAGGCCGGUCUGGAUCCCACUGGUAUUAGGGUACAUCACAUCGACACUCCCAGUUCUCAAUUCAGCUGGACAUUCAGCGCGAGUGGCAAGCGUUUACGACACAAUGCGAAGGGUCAUUGACCAUGUUCAGGCUCUGGCGGGUCGGCGCAUCCGUGUCUUAUUCCUCUUUCCGGGCGUGGACGGACUGACAACCAACAAUGAGUCCUGGCGAUACACAGUUGACCGCUUUCCAGAAGUUUUGUUCUCUUUAACCGCUAUCGUGUCCCCGCAACUCGGAGUGCUCUACCCAUCGGUAUUUACCAAGAUCGGGCGAUAUGCUUGGACGCACAUUGACGUCGAGGAACUCUACUCUCGUCACAGCGAGAUGCUUCGCGGGUUCGACACCGCUACACCCUUCCUUCAGUCUCCAAAGCCCACUCGCUUUAUCUCUUGGCUUACUGCUCUUCACAAUCUUCGUCUAACAACAGCGAUUUUCGUCUACUUCAACGUCUUCGCUCAGCGAAUAGCCUCUCUAAGUGAUGUAGAUUGUAGUAGAUAUAUUCCUUCCUAG